AUGUUAAUCGCCUCUCCUUCCAUCCUAGGGACAGCCUUUUUCCUGUAUGGGGCUUUGGCUUUGCCAACUUGGCCCUCCUCCAUCGAUGAACUCGAGGACCUUAUGUUUCUCAAUACAGGCUACCAUUCCCGGGGCUUUUCCGCAGGCGUAACUCCCUGCUCGUUCUUUAAACAGGGGCCGUCCAGGACCGCAUCUGCAGAAUGGAUUCGUACUGCAUUCCAUGACAUGGCCACAGGCAAUGUCUACACUGGAAUUGGCGGCCUUGAUGCCUCGAUUGUGUUCGAACUAGCUGGGAAUGGAGGAGAGAAUAUAGGGGCGGCGUUCAAUACCACCCUAGAGACUUUCGCACCCUUUUUCUCAACGAGGGCGUCGAUGGCUGAUUUGAUCGCCCUUGGAGUUUACACGGCUGUCCGGUCUUGUGGGGGGCCGAUUGUCAAAAUCAGGGCCGGAAGGGUUGAUGCGACUGAACGGGGUGCGAUUGGUGUGCCAUUACCGGAGAACUCACAGGGGACAUUUAUCAACCAGUUUAUACGAACCGGGUUCAAUGUUUCGGACAUGAUCGCUGUUACAGCGUGCGGCCAUACUGUGGGGGGAGUUCAUGCAUCCAACUUUCCACAGAUCACAGUUCCUGGAACGGUGCCAAACGAUUAUCAACUCUUUGACUCGACCACAUCCUUUGAUGAAAAGAUCGCCUCGGACUUUGUGGGCGGAGUCGCUGGAAAUCCUCUCACUGGGGUUACGGCAAAGAGGAACACGCGAGAUUCAGACACAAAAGUGUUCACGGCUGAUCGAAAUGUCACAAUCACAGCAUUGGCCGACCCGGCCACCUUUCAGUCCACAUGUGCCAGAGUGCUCCAGAAGAUGAUAGAAGUUGUUCCAUCGAGUGUAAAUCUUACAGCCCCCAUUGAGCCUUACGAGGUCAAGCCGGGUAAUCUCCAGCUAUCCCUGGCUGGAAACGGCAGCACGAUCGAUUUCUCUGGUGAAAUUCGAGUUAGAACCACCACGCGGUCAGCUACUACGAUCACAAAGACGGAGCUUAUGUUUAAAGACCGCCUCGGUGCCUCGGACUGCGGAGAUUGUCUCAUUAGUACUGAAUACAAAGGUGCUGCGGAAGGCUUUGACGAUACUUUUGCUGAGCAGUUUUAUGGAUUCUCCGCGAGCCUUCCAGUUGAGACGUCUAUCUCCAAAUUCAACGUACGAAUAGUCUUGAAUACGGGGGAGGUGAUUCUAUACGACAACAACGGAUCAGGAUAUGCCGUCCAGGAUACAAUUAUGCUACAGCCUAAGCAGAGCUGCAUCGUCGAAGGCAAUACCCCUGGUAACUUUGUUGUAGUGGUUGCUGUCCGAGAUACUGUAAAAUCUCCUAUGGUUACGCUCUCUCUGACUUUGAAAACUCCUCGAAGUUGCUGUGUUGCCCCUGCCCUGUCGACUAAAUCGUUUACAAUGCUAGCACAGGCGACUAUCGGCUCAUAUACGCUCUACUCGGGAAAUUACUCACUUGAGGCUUCAUAUAAGUCAAGCGCUAAAUUCGACGUUGCCGUUUCUAGUGAAGCUACUAUAGUUUCUGAUUCCUUCAAGAGCACGACUGAUUUAGGGUCAAUCUGCACGCCCUUCGGCUCCAAUGAUACUAACCUGCCAACUUACUCAUUCGAAGGCUGCUAUACUGACAGUACGGAGUCAAGGACUCUUACUGGAGGUGCAUCCGUGGAUGAUAAGAUGACCGUUAAGGCGUGCUCCAGCCACUGCAAAGGCUUUCAGUAUUUUGGCCUUGAAUAUGGUAGAGAAUGUUAUUGUGGUAAUUCAAAGGGUGCUGGUAGCAUGCAGGUCUCAGAGACCGAGUGCAAAGACCCAUGCGGUGGUGAUAGCUCAGAAACUUGCGGCGCAUCAUACCGUAUCAGCAUCUAUAAGGAUACCACUUGGAUCCCCACGAUCAACCCUAAAAUUCCAGGGUAUGAGUAUUCUGGAUGUUACAAUGAUUCGGCAAGCAGUCGCACCUUAUCGGAUAGCUUUGUUUACAACGAGAAGAUGACUGUGGAAUUGUGCGCAGCCUUUUGCAAUGGGACAAACUAUUUCGGCACUGAAUAUUUCAGCGAGUGUUAUUGCGGCGCCAGCUUAUCACCGGGUAGCACCAAACAAACAGAGGACGGAUGCAGCUUUUUUUGCUCGGGGAACAGCACUCAAUACUGUGGUGGAAGCAACAGGAUAAAUAUCUACACGAAGAGUUAA